AAGACGCGACCUGUUAUGGCCACCACUACUUCCGGGUUCCAGCAUUCUGGUCCAAACCCAGCUCUCCGCCUGUGCAGCACACACAGCAGACGCGCGGCGGGGCUGGGAGCGAGCGGCAUCGAUCGGGGCUUCUUUAAGGCGAACUCAGACGUUUCCUCUCUCUCCCCCUCUCUCCAUCUCCACAUCUACACAGAGGGAGAGAGAGAAGAGCAAAGAAGAGAGGAGAGGAGGAGAGGAGGCUGAUCCUACAACAAGAAGGAGAAGGGAGCUGCUGCUGCUGAGCCUCCUGCAUCUGGACACUAUUUCCAGGGCUGGUGACCGGUGCACAUCGCCCGCUGGAUCAUCAUCAUUCAUUCAGCACCUUUGACAAGCUUCGCCCAUGAUUGACAGCUGAAGUGGCACACAGCCAUGAGACUUUCCAUAGCUGCCUUCCAGGGCUACUUUUAAAAACUUAUUUUGAAAAAAAAAAGGAAGAGGGGGGUAAAAAAAUAAAAGGAACAUUUCUUCCUUUUCUCUACCACCCUGGGUCUUUGCAAAGAGUUCCAUGCUGAAUUAUUUGGCUCUUUCAAGGAGCUCCAAGAAGCUGAAGAUUUGGUUGAAAUUCUCAAGACACUGGAAACUUUAAAGAGGGAUUUAUUUUCGAGUUUUUCCUUUUUUUUUCUUUCUUUUUUUUUUUUUUUUUACUUUUUUUUAUUAUUAUUAUUUUUUUUCUCUGGAGUGGCGUCAUUGAUUCUCAUCCACACUGGCCUUAAAUAGGAUAUAUUUCAAAUUGAAGUAGGAAGGAGUUAGGAAGGCCGAUGGCUCAAAGGUACGACGACUUACCCCAUUACGGGGGGAUGGAUGGAGUAGGGAUACCUAGUGCCAUGUAUGGGGAUCCCCAUGCUGCUAGGUCCAUGCAGCCCGUUCACCAUCUGAACCACGGUCCACCUCUGCACUCCCACCAAUACCCGCACACGGCCCACACCAACGCUAUGCCCCCCAGCAUGGGCUCUUCAGUCAAUGACGCUCUGAAGAGAGAUAAAGAUUCCAUUUAUGGACACCCCCUGUUCCCUCUAUUAGCACUGAUUUUUGAAAAAUGUGAACUAGCUACUUGUACCCCCCGAGAACCUGGAGUAGCAGGCGGUGAUGUGUGCUCCUCUGAGUCUUUCAAUGAAGACAUUGCAGUGUUCGCCAAACAGAUUCGUGCAGAAAAACCCCUGUUUUCCUCAAAUCCGGAAUUGGACAAUUUGAUGAUCCAAGCUAUCCAAGUAUUACGGUUUCAUCUGCUGGAGUUAGAAAAGGUACACGAACUCUGCGACAAUUUCUGCCAUCGGUAUAUUAGCUGCUUGAAAGGGAAGAUGCCCAUAGACCUGGUGAUAGAGGACCGGGACGGGGGGUCCAAGUCGGACAGCGAAGACGUGACCAGAUCGGCCACCCUCACAGACCAGCCUUCCUGGAGCAGAGACCACGACGACACAGCGUCAACGCGCUCAGGGGGAACUCCUGGACCAUCCAGUGGGGGGCACACGUCGCAUAGUGGGGACAACAGCAGUGAACAAGGUGAUGGGUUGGACAAUAGUGUAGCCUCACCGAGUACGGGGGAUGAUGAUGACCCAGACAAAGACAAAAAACGUCAUAAAAAGCGAGGUAUCUUUCCCAAAGUGGCCACAAACAUCAUGAGGGCGUGGCUUUUCCAACACCUAACGCACCCCUACCCUUCAGAAGAACAGAAAAAACAGUUGGCACAAGACACAGGUCUCACCAUACUUCAAGUGAACAAUUGGUUUAUAAAUGCUAGAAGAAGAAUAGUCCAGCCUAUGAUAGACCAGUCCAAUCGAGCAGUAAGUCAAGGAACACCUUACAAUUCUGAAGGACAACCAAUGGGAGGUUUUGUAAUGGACGGCCAGCAACACAUGGGAAUUAGAGCACCAGGACUGCAAGGUAUGCCAGGAAAUUACAUAUCUCCAAGUGGGCCAAUGGGCAUGAGUAUGGGACAGCCAGGUUAUCCUCCAUCACAGAUGCCCUUGCAUCACACUCAGCUGCGCCAUGGGCCGUCUAUGCAUACCUACAUUCCUGGACACCAUCACCACCCAGCGAUGAUGAUGCACGGGGGACCCUCUCACCCUUCAAUGCCAAUGUCAGCCUCUAGUCCCUCAGUACUCAACACAGGAGACCCCACCAUGAGUGGGCAUGUCAUGGACAUACAUGCCCAAUAAUUUAAGGGAAUAAUGUCUGAAAUUCCGAAAUGGCAAAUUUCAUGUGUUGUCUUUCUGCCACAACACCAGAGUUCCAAUCCUGGCAUUACAUAGGAACAAGAACAUACUUUGACAUAGGGAACGCUGACAAAAAAAAAGCAGAUACUGAAAAUCAACUUUUUGGGGACACGAUAAAUACAUAUAUAAGACAUUAAGAGAACAAAGAGUGAAAUAUUGUAAAUGAUAUUAUACUGUUAACCAUAUUAUGUUGUUUCUUAUAGAUUUUUUUAAAAAAAAUGUGAAAUUUUUCCACACUAUGUGUGUUGUUUCCAUAGCUCUUCACUUCCUCCAGAAGCCUCCUUACUUAAAGCCUUACAGUUAUCCUGCAGACGACUGAAAGUCCUCAUUUGCAGGUCAUUUUAGAACAUUAUGAUAAGUAUGUCAGGCAGAAGAUCUUUUUUUAUUUCAAUCCAAGGAUUUCAGCCAUGCGCUCUUUCUCUGCAGCUUUGUCUAUUUUUUUUUUCUUUCUUUCUUUCUCUGUCUCCGUCUUUCUCUCUAGCCUGGGGCUUGAAUUUGCAUGUCUAAUUCAUUUACUCACCAUAUUUGAAUUGGCCUGAACAGAUGUAAAUCGGGAAGGAUGGGAAAAACUGCAGUCAUCAACAAUGAUUAAUCAGCUGUUGCAGGCCAGGCAGUGUCUUAAGGAGGCUGGUAGGAGGAGGCAUGGAAACCAAAAGGCAAUGUGUUUGGAGCAUAAUUGUCACAAUGGAGCAUCAGUGUCCCCAUUCAGCGACAACCAAUCUGUGCAUCACUUCCUGUUUUCAUGCAGCUCAAAAAAAGGAAAGCAAGAACUGUAGAAGAUUUAUUUUUUAAACAUUGACUUUAUUUCUCAGCAAGGCAUCAGUCGUGCAUACAUUUUUUUUCCAUAGUCCCAUCAUGGAACAUUUAUGUAAACAUUGUAAAUAAAUUUUGUGCAAAAAGGACUGGAAAAGGAUAACUGUAUUGUUGCAAUUUUUUGUAUAAAUAGAAGUUUGGUAUGAAUCGGCAUGCAUACAAAUUGAUUUACAAAGUGGGAUAAGCUAAUUAUACUUUCUUUUUUGUUGUGCUAAAGCAAAUGCUUGUUAGUAAAGUAACUAAUUUUUUUAUAAAGGAACAAAAAGCAAAAAAAAAGUCCUAGUUAAUAAACAUUGCACAUCAACAAUGACAAAUCUGGCUCAAACACAUCAGUUAAUGGCAUGUCACAAUUUAGUAGCUCUACAUUCAGAUAGAGUGAAGCUCAUUAUUGGUCAGGGAAGCUUUUUUUUUCAACGUGAUUGGUUAUUUAAAGUAAACAUAGCUUUUCUGGUCUGUCAUACCUUUAGAAAAUAAUAAUUUUAUGGGUUUAUUCAAAAGACAUUACAAAGAGUAAAGUGUCAUAACUCAUAACAACCAAUCUGAAAAGAAUAGUACAAUAAGAUGGAUACUGAUUGGUUGCAAUGGGUAAAUUGCUCCUUGCAAUGUAUAAUUGAAUAUAACCACAUGUGUAGUAAGUAAACCUAAUAAAAAGCAAUUAUAUGUUGUUGAAAAAGUGAUUUACUAAAUGGUAUAAUUUAUUCUAGCUCCACAAAUUUGUGUUUGUUUCAGCAAUCAGGACACCAGGGUUCUGUUUAAGUAAUCUGUUUUUUCCACAUUAUUAUUAAAUUUUUUUACACCCGACAUGCAAAUAUUUUAUAUACAGUAUAUAAUUACAUACAAGCAAACGUCAGACUGUGAACCUGACCUCUCUCUUGGUUCAUAACUGAUAAUCAAAUCAAUAUGUCCUACCUGUCUGAAUUAUUUUAUUUUAUUUUACCCUGAGGCCAUCUGUUGUAAUGUUUUGCAGCUCAUACCCAUUGAAUUUCUAUUUAAAAACACCAAAAUUAAUUCCAGUGAAAGACAGUCUUUAUCUAUGUAUGGGUACUUUUGUACACUUAGCAAACCAUUCCCUUAAUGAAGUAAAAAGACAAGCCCAAAAACUAGAGAGGCACUUAAUAUAUGUAAUAUCCAUAAAAAAAAUUAUAACGUGAUUUAUUAUAAAUUAGUCAGUAAAGUUAAUAUUUGCAGUGUCUAGUAAACCCUCAUCGUUAUUUAAAAACAAAGUAAUUUGAGUCGCCAGCCUUAUAACUUUUAGACUCGUACAAUAUUUCCGAUUUAUUGUUUUAAAGUUGUGAAAUAAGGUUACAAUUUUAUAAAAGGAAGUUUUGAAAUACAGUAUGGAAUAUCUGGAAUGUAUAUUUCAGAUUUUUUUCAUAAACAGGAAAUAUUGGUUGUGAAAUAAGUAACAAAGAUCUUGUCAAAUUGGAGUUUACAAUAUGCAUGAAUAUACAUUUCCAUGCUAAAAAUAGAAGCAAGGGGCAGAUACAAAAUGAUUAACAAGUUGAUUACACCGAUUAUUUAAUUCUGUUCAACUACUGAACUCAUUAACAUUAAAAUCUUACAUCAAGAGGAUUUAAUUUCCUACUAAAAGUAGUUAUUGAAAAUGUAUAAUCCAGUGAUGUAACUCAGCAUUACGAGCCAUUAUGAAUCAUAAAUCCAUUGACAUGUGUGAGAAAAAUUGGAUAUUUUUAUGUUUAGUAAAGAGUGAUGCUGUAUGUAAAAUGGUAAGUAUGCAAAACUGUGCCUGAAAUAAAACACAGAUAUACAAUGAA